GACCGUCCCAGUGCUAUUUAAUCAACCUCGCUUUCCACUCACACUCCCUUUCCCCCCUCCUUUUUCCCACCUCGACUUAUCCUCUUCCUGUCUUUUCUCAUUCUCAUCUUCCCAAACACACGCACACACACACACAACAGCAUUGCUGCAAAAUAAAGUACUCUCUAUCAGUAUCCUUCCUCAAGAAAAGUGUCUAACCUGCCCUGUUUACGUGAAUUAUUUAUUAUUUAUAUAUACGUGUGAUGCCCUUCCCACUCUUCUCCAAUCCCUUUCACAAACCAAACAACCUCUCAUCUUCUACUCGAUCACAACAACACCCCAAUCCUCCUCAAACCAGCUACAGUCACAAUCGAACCAAACCGAUCUCACAUCGAUCCAACCACUCCACCUCGAGUAGCACUAACGAUCAUCCCGUCCUCAGGCCCGUCGCCCUCAACAAUUUCUCCCCCACCAGCUCCGCCAUCACCUGCCCUGAGCCGAUCACCCAGCCCCAGCCCACCUCCAUCCGAACCCGCACUCAAUCACUCGCAACCACUCGCUCAAAAAUUCGCACUACCUCCAACAAUCGACCCGCAACCGCCUCUCAGGAUCCCUCCUUCAAGUCCGAGUCAACACAGCUCAUCAAGAAGCUAAAAUCUUACGGCCCUUCGCCCUCCGAUAGGCCCGUCCCCAGCACCAAAAAGGCCCAGACUCGUCCUCCUCCAAUCAGCCUCUCUAAUCAACUCAAGCCUCAACACAUUCGCACCCAUCGCCCCACAGGCUCAGCAGGCAAUCAUCCUACCCCUCCAUCCCCCAGAUCGAGGUCUGCAUCUGCAGCUGCAACUGUCUUUGAUAUCGUCCGACCCAGCCGUCGCAGAGAUGGAAACCAAAACUCUAGUACCAUCACUCCCUUCACCCCACCAUUGCCAGUCGCUCCUUCAAUCUCUUCACUCCGUACGCCAGCCGACCCACCCCAGCGCGAUCGCACCAAGUCCAACAGACUUCCACCCUCCCCACUUUCAAUCCAUCGUCUCUCUACAUCACGCCCCAAUGCACAUCGUCGUGCAAGCAGUCUAGACUCUAUCACCGCGGAAUUCCCACCACCACGUUCACCACAUCAACAAUAUUUCAAAAAUUCCGGGUUCAUCCAAACAUCCAGGAAGUUUUCAGCCUGCUCGAGCCAAGUGUCCCCUUCUGAAUUCAGUGAGGAGAUUAUCACUCAGACAUCCCGCCCGAGUACAGCCCACACCAGUCCGCUUUCCUCUGCCAAUCCCAGGAGCAGAUUCAGUCCACGUGAUAACCGCCAAUUAGCUGCUCCACAAGGCCUCAAACCUCGUCUGAUCAACUCUGCCUCAUCCGUCUCACUCAGUCCCAAGUCACCCUUUCCAUCCAAACUUGCCAGACCCGGUGAACCUUACAGUCCAAAAUUGUUAGAACCUGUCGAAAUCACGAGCUCCGGCUCAACAGCGAAUUGGACUCUGAAUGUCUCUGGAUCCUCAACGUUCGAACCGACUGUUUGUCUUGUGCCAGAUCUACCCGGGACAAUCUUAAGACUGAGGCAAACUCCCACCGAUAAUCCUCAAUCUCUGCUCGAACCUCACUUGAAAAAGAUCAUCAAGAUUGGUGUUAAUGGUAACGAGCUUGUAGAAUGGGAGAUUAGACUUGCGGCACCCACUCGUCCUAGAUUAAACUCUUCCCGAAGCAAUCACGAUUUGCCACCGCAACCUAGCCCUCGCACCAGACUUCAAUCGAAAUCAAGAAUACACCCCCCGAAGUUAGUGAUGAACAACGACUCUCGGCAGGUGGGGCCUGCAGGCGGAUCUCAAUCGACAAACGCGUUGCAUGACAGCAGUCAUUCAAAGAGCAAUGUUAAUCCUUCAACUUCGGUGAUCACGUUGAACUUGAAUACUUUCAGAGCCAGCGAUAUUAAAGAAUUGACGGCCCCAGCCUCUACGAACGCACCUCGAAAGUCGAACCAGGUCCCAUCACAAGCCCCCUCCUCAUUAUUAUCUCUAUUUCCUUCUACCACUAGCCCUGCGAAGUCCGUCCAAUCACAGCGCUCAGUCGGACAGGCUCGCUCGCCAUCGCCAGCCUCCUCAGCAUCAAAUCCUUCCUCUCCUGUGUCACUUGUGGAAGAAGAGACUCUAGAAACCGAAGACGAUGAAUUGCCGAUCGGAAAAGGGUAUCGAAGGAAAAGAUUUGAUACCUACGUGGCUCCUGUCAAUAGACAAACAGCUAGCCAGGCUCAACAAUCCGGCUCGGAUCAAAUCUCCCACCAAUCGAAGAUUGAAUCAAAAUCGAGAAGGAGUUUUGUACAUCCUGACAAGAAUAGUCAUUUCAAAUUGAAAACUGAAGACAAUCGUUUCAGAAUGAAUAACGAGCCAACUGAAGAUUCAAUCAAAGUAUCGGAAAAUCAUCAACUAGCAUUCAACUUGGAAAGGCAAUUAGCUCAUAGUAAAUUACUCGGACUCUCAGAUGAAGGAGAAAACAAGUCAAAUCUUAAGAAACCUAGAAAUGAUGAGCUUGAAUCGAAUGAGAAUCAGAAUCUCAAUGGGCUUCAUCAUUUUCAUCAGCAAAACUUGAAUCGAAAUAGUAAUUGUAGUAGUAAUCUAGAUCGGAAUUCACUCAUGGAGAAAAGUUAUUGGUCUGAAACUGACACGGCCACUAGUAGUAGUAUCGUUAAUUUCAGAAUCUUUAAUGAUGAUCAACAUCAUCAAGAUGAUGAUCAUGAUCUCGCCGAUGUGUGAUGCCCCCCCCCCCCCUUCAAA